CUUUGUCUGAACGGGAAAUACACUUUCCUUUGCUACCCCCAACACUCCUCUUCCCGUCUGCGCCCUCAUCAAGAACUCCUUUUUUAGACGUUCCCCUACCGCAUUUUCCGCCACGCACGACCGCCAUUUUUAUAUAUCGACAACCUCAAACAACCACCACUCUCCAUCCUCGUCCUCUAUACACCCCUCACAAUGUCCACCUCUGAUGUCCUUGAUGUUCUAAAUGUGCAGCGGAAUAGCCAACCGACACAGAAGAAGCGCGUGACCGCGACAAAGAAACAGGCGGGGAUCAACCGUGAACUCUACAAUCUCUUGGGCGCCAACACGCCGUCGGUGCAGCUCACACCGACACUCCGGUUCAAGGACCGGAUCCACGCGAUCCAGAAGCCGCGGCUGUGGCGAUACGAGACGUUCCAGAAUGGUGCUAGAACCGACGGCUUGGAACUAUCGCACUGGGUGAAGGAGGACGUUGCGGGGCCAUAUCCGUUCGAGAAGUACAAUACAAAGUUGCCAAUUCCACGGUUAUUUGAGGACGACUACGACGAGUUUUUGGCACGGGAGGAGCAAGAAAAGAAGGAGAGUGAUAAACCAGAAGAUGAACAACCAGAGGAGCCGUGGAGCUUUGCGGAGACACAAUAUUUGUUUGGUCUUUGCGAAAUGUACGACUUGAGAUGGGUGGUGAUCCAUGACCGGUAUGAGUAUGAAACCUUCCGUUCGAUGGAGGACUUGAAAGCGCAAUUUUACCGGCUUUCGGCGCAGAUUCUUGCGAAAAGAGCGGCGGAGACGGGAUCGAACGAUGAAACCACCAAGGCCACUAUCGAGGCGCUCAACUCCUUUGACAAGCUGAAGGAACUCAACCGCAAGGAAUAUCUCACCAAGCUCUUAUCACGAUCAUCGGCUGAGAUUGCGGAGGAAGAAUCGCUUGUGAUCGAAGCCCGGAAGUUUGAGAUGUCUGCCAAGAAAAUGCUCACCGAGCGGCUCCAGUUGCUCAAGCUCUUGGAUUCCCCUCAAUCCGCCUCCACCGCCCAGUUCCAGACAUCCCAGGGCCUCGCUCAGUUGUACAACGCACUCAUGGUCAGCGACAAGCACAAGAAACGCAAGGCUGAGACGCCGCCGGUCGCCCCGGUGAUGCCUGCCAUCAAGCGCGAGAAGCUUUCGUCGGGAAUCUCCCCGUUACAGCAGUACCUCAAGGCCCAUAUUCUGGGACACAGCCACGAAGAGUCACACUCGCCCGUGGCCCAGCUUCUUUCACGCAAGUUGACCCCGCGCGACGAGGCGUUGUACGGCUUGAGCUUCCAGGAAAAAAUCGCUCCGGGCAUAUCGCUCCGCUCCGCGCGUGUCCACACGUUCAAGCCGACGGUCCAGGCGAAGGUGGGUGCACUUUUGACCGAGCUCCAGAUCCCGGCGAAACCCGUGAUGCCCACCAUGGCGGUUGCAGAGAAGUUCGACGAGCUCACCAAGGCGAUUGGAGUGCUUAUGGAUAUUAAGCGCCAGAAGGACAAGUUGGAGGCUGAGUUAAAGGUUCUUAAGAAUCUGAAGGGGAGAUGAUGAGUAUUGUGAUAACAAUCGGCCCUUCCGUAGAUUUAACGCGUUUUUGUCCAAUAUUUGUCCAUAAUCCAAAGGUUGAUAAAUAUUUAUUUGUUAUCCUGACAUUUUUUUAAGUAAUAGCAUAUGGCUUGUCCAAAA